GAAACAUCAGUGCGCUUACACAAUCUGAUUGUUAGACAUGAAAUGAUAAAUUACAACAAAUGUUAACAUGGAAUGGACAAGCUAACCACAACCAAGAUUGUGAGAGUAGAGGGGGGAUCUGGUGGAACUGGAAGAGAAAUCAAUAAACAUACAGAAACUGUAACCACCACAAGACUGACAUCUCUACCCCCGAAGGGCAACAAUAGCUCAUCGAGCAGCCAGCAGGUGUUGACCAGCUCUAGUGCUGGAGGUGGUGUUCUGGUGGAGAAGAUCAUCACCCAGAGCAGUGCUGAAGGAGGCAGCUCCAGGAGUUAUAUGAUAUCCUCCUCCUCGUCUGGAAGUUCAGCCACCAGCAGUUCAGGAACAGGGUCUGUGGUUGACACAUUUGACGCCUCCUUGUUUUUAACCUCAGGAGCCGCGCGAGAUUUCAGCGUAACCGCCGGGCCGAUCGGUAGUUCUAUGGUGAAGACCUCUAGCUCUAAAAUUAAAAGCUCUAGUAUCUCCGCCAACAUCCCAUCAGUUGCCAGUUCCUCCUCAGCCACUGGUGAAGAUCUUUUAACAGGAUUUGGAUCCUCCUCCGAGUUCAUGUCUGGUUCAGCAGGUGGUUCUUUUGGUGUUUCUAGAGGCAACAUGUCUAGAAGCGGAGGAGGUGUUGGGUCUUCUGCACUCAUGUCUGGCGGAGGAGGUUCUAGCUCCAUGACUGUGACUAAGUUCGGCGCCUCGUCCCCCACUGGAACGAGGAAAGCUUCAGGUUUGUCUAUGGGUUACAGCACAGUUCCUACAGAUAGAAAGGCCAGCUUGACCCUUCAGAUGGGAGGAUAUGAGGGGAGCUCCAGUGGCAAUUCUUCCCCUGAGUACACAAAGAAACAGUACGCUGCAGUUGCCACCAGGGGGCGCACUCAGACGAGAGAGAGUGAGAUUCGGGCCAGACUGCAGAGCGCUUCUCCAUCCACUAGAUGGACAGAACUGGAUGAUGUGAAGAGAUUGCUGAAGGGAAGCCGCUCGGGGAGCAUCAGUCCACCCCGUUCGCCCACCAACACGCUACCCAUCCCGAAAAAAGCAAGCGUGGAAACACGCCACGAGAGCCUUUCGGGUUAUGAUGGCUCAGUUCUGGAAGCUGGAUUCAAUGGAUACUACACCAACCCCAAUAACCUCAGUUAUACCAUCCUGCAACAGCCCUCAUCACCAUCAGGUUUGCAAAAUAAUUUGUCUCUGGGCUCCUCUGUCAUUAGUGGUGCAGUGUAUGGGAUGCAGAAUAACCUGUCAUCAUCUGGCGGGGCUUUAAUGAGUAAUGGAGUAGGUGCUAGCCAAGGGUAUGGAGCACAGAAGAAUGUUGGGAGUGCUGGACUGGCUACCACUGUUACUGCCACUCCAAGCAGCCCCAUCACUGCAGACGAUGUGUUUGUGAAGGAUGGCAAGUUUAUUGGAUUGGGAAAGGACAAUGUUGCAGCGAAGAAAGAGACCGAGAGAUUGGUUAUGUCAAAAAACACCGGAAAGCAGUUUACUACUUUAACCACCAGUGCUGGACCAGAUGCGUUUUCUGAAGAUUCAAUUAAAAGGGAGAAAAAGAUGAUCUCCAGCACCAUGGAAACCACCACCACCACAGCUUCAAAAGCGUCAACAAAAGACAAGUCCACCUAUGCAGAAAUCCGCAAAGACGGGUCGGAUGACUCAGCGCUGGGCGGCUGUUUCUGCUGUUCAUGGUGGAAGUGGCUUCUGGCAUUGAUCUUUGGUCUUCUUCUUCUUCUGGGACUUCUCUGUGGUCUCAUUGCACUAGGUGAGGAGGUCAGAAAGCUGAAAGCUCGAGUGGACGCUCUUGACGGUGGAGGGAGCGGUGCCUCUCCCCGAACUUCCCGUUUAUUUUCAUCUUCACCCAUGAAUAUUGUGGAUAACCCUGAAUCGUCAUUUGCCGAGCGUGUUCCUGAAGUCCGAUCUGAUACAACUAUAAAACUUGGCUCGGAGCCCACUCCGCAGGAUUUGGUUUUACAGAGGACCAUCCAACAGAUUCUUAAAACUGAGCUGCAGUCUGACACUGUCAGAGUGUCAUUGGCAUCUUCACUUAAGGGGGAGCGUGGGGAACCUGGGCCAAAAGGAGACCAAGGACCUCCUGGAGUGAAAGGUGAAGCAGGUUUUCCUGGAAUUCCAGGUCCUCCUGGUGCCAUUGGUCACCCAGGACAGGAAGGUUCUCGAGGACCCAAAGGAAGUGCAGGUGAAUCGGGAACUGACGGUUUACCUGGACCAAGAGGUCGGGAGGGUCCAGUUGGGCGGAGAGGUGAACCAGGACCUUCAGGAACUGGAGCUAAAGGAGAUAAAGGCUCAUCUGGAGAUGUUGGUGCACUGGGACCAACUGGGCCACCAGGUCCCGUUGGACCCAAAGGUGAGACAGGUGGCCAAGGUACUUCAGGUCUUCCAGGAGCUCCUGGACCCCAAGGCUUCCGUGGAGAACCUGGUGAUCCUGGGUCUAAGGGAGAGAAAGGACCCACAGGCCCCUCUGGUGCUAAAGGUGAGCUGGGUGAGCGAGGACCGCGUGGUAACACUGGUGAGCCAGGUCAGGUCGGACCGGCAGGACCUCCCGGUGAGAAAGGUCCUAAAGGAUCAGCAGGUGCGCCUGGGCCAGAUGGUGUUAAAGGCAUUCGAGGGGACCAGGGUCACAUCGGGUUACCUGGAGCCCGAGGACCACAGGGACCUCAUGGAGAUGCGGGAAUACCAGGUACACCAGGACUUCAAGGACCCCCAGGUUUACCAGGCACCCCAGGACAACCAGGACCUAAAGGUGACACAGGUGAGCACGGAAGAGUUUCUGCAGCUGGUCCCAGUUCUAACAUUAUGGGUAUACCUGGACCACCUGGACCUCCUGGAGUCCCAGGUCCUGCCGGACCACCUGGUCUAUCAGGUCCCAUUGGCCCUGCUGGUCUACCUGGUUCUCCUGGUCCAAAGGGAGAUCAUGGAGAAAAAGGACAGGAUGGAAAUCCAGGCAUCGGAGAGAGGGCUGUUCCUAAACCCGGCCCACCUGGCCCGCCAGGACUUCCUGGGCUUGAUGGUAAACCAGGCUUUGGUCAACCUGGACCUCCCGGUGAAAAAGGUGAACCAGGAAGCUUUGUACCCACCUCAGAAACCUUCUUUGCCGGACCACCUGGACCUCCUGGACCUAUUGGACCAAAGGGAUCACAGGGUGAAAUGGGCCUUCAAGGCUACUCCGGCCAGCCUGGAUUCCCGGGUAGCCCUGGAGAACCUGGGAUCGGUAUUCCAGGGCAGUCUGGACCACAAGGUCCACAAGGACCGCAGGGACCUCAAGGACCAAUGGGUCCUUUAGGGCCGGAGGGUCCGAAAGGUGAUGCUGGAGUCCCAGGGGCCCCUGGCAUUCCCGGAUAUUCCUACGGAGGAGGAUCCAGCGGAGUUCCGGGACCACCAGGUCAACCUGGACCCCCAGGGUCUCCUGGAUCUCCCGGUUCUGCUGGUGAAGGCUCAACAAAUGUUUUUCAGCAGGUUUCAGACUACCUCCAAAGUGAAGGUAUUAGAGAAUACCUUGCCGGACCCCCAGGCCCACCUGGACCUCCGGGACCUCCUAGCUCAGCCUCUGACGAUGUUCUUGCUAACCGUGUCAUCGACUACCUUCAAAGAGAUGAGGUGAGACAGUACCUGAUUGGUCCUCCUGGACCGCCGGGACCCCCAGGUGGAUAUGGUUUUAACACACAGGAAGUUGCUGGACGAGUUCUCAGGUUAAUGAACGAUGCUGGUUUAAGAGGUGUGCCAGGACCUCCGGGUCCUCCAGGGCCUCAAGGACCCCCAGGAUCAUCUGGAGGACUGGUGUCAUAUGCCGCAAAUGAAAACCAGCAGGACAUCCAUGCAGAACGUCAAGAGUAUCAUAAUCGUCGAUCAGGCUCAGAUGAGCACUUGGGUUACUCAACCAUUGCUAAACACGUCUCAGAUUAUAUUAGAUCAAACGGUCUGUUACGGGACAUGGUUGAGCAGGGUGGUUUCAAAAUGAUUCCAGGUCCACCGGGACCCCCUGGACCUCCAGGAUUAAGCGCAGAUUUCCGCGAUGCCAACAUGACUGAGAUUGUGGACUUUAUCAGAGAACAAAAGAUGAUUGGACCACAAGGAAGACCAGGGCCAAAGGGGGACGUGGGAUACCCCGGAGAGAGAGGAGUGAAAGGUGAGAGAGGCUUUCCUGGUCUGCCAGGACUCCAUGGCAAUAAUGGCCUGAGGGGAGAAAAAGGAGAGAAGGGUGAUGCUUCAUAUAUAACUCGAAGGAGGAGAAGGAGCGCAAUAAUUUAGAAGGAUGACAACUUUGUGCAAUUCUUUUCCCACUUGGACCCACCAGGGUAGCCAGUUUUAAUGCCUGAAAAAAACCAGGGAGUGUUCAGAGAAUGACGGGAAGGCAUAUUCAAGGGAUAUUUCACCCAAAAGGAAAAUUCUGUCAUUAUUUACACAUCAAAAAGUUGUUCCAAACAUGUUUAGGUUUCUU